UUGGCUGUCUUACAUGGAUAGUGGAGUUGUCUAAGCUGUCUGAUAAACUAUACCAAUUUCCAGACAUGAAGCACAUCAAAGAAAACAAGUAAUCUGCACCGAAACAUCUGCUGCUUUCUUUAAGUGCAGAGUACUUAAUUUGCUAAGUUGCUGGCAUUUUUUCCCCGUAAAGAGGUUGUCACUAAACUCGAGUCCAAUGGAUUCCCGGACCGCUAGGAUCCAGCCAGAGCAGAAGGGACCGGCCAAUUCCCCGUGCAUGCACAUUCGGGCGACUUCCUUGGGAUUUAGCUCUAACUCCGGCAUUGACAACAUUUUUCACCACCAACGCAACUUGGCAGUGCAAAAUGCAAACCCAGCGGACUCUCACGGCGAGUAUUGCAAGCAUAUAGCACCGCUACCGGGGGUUGCGUUUGGGAAACUGUCGAAGCGAGACGGCGGCGGAGAGAGGGGAAGCGUCCGGAGGAAGGGCUCGUUGUCACCGUCCUCGUCCUCUCUGGACUCUGAGGCCGAGAGCUCUUCUCCCCCUGGUUCUUCGCUUCAGAUCGACAAUUUGAACGUUACAGAAGAGGCUAAUCAGUUUUUGCACUACAGCGAGCACGAGCUAAACGAGAAAAAUCUUCUACAGCAACAUCCCCCUCCACCUUUACACACCGUUCAGCAACACUGUCGCAGCAUGCAACAAUCCGGCGGCCACACCCCCACCCCCACCGGGAUGAAAAACCAGAAGGCGAACAAGCACCACCGCUUCCAGUCCCAUUCAUCCGGCCGCAGGAGGCAGCUGAGCAGAGCCAACACUUUCCACGGUAUCAACCCGCAUCCGUGCCACCUCAAUGGGCAUCAUGUAGAUUCCUCUUCUUUCUUAUGGAAAAGCAGGCGCUACAGCCAGGGCAUUAAUGGUCUUCAUGAGGAAAUAAUGGACUUUUUCAACUUCAUGUCACCAAGGCCUGAGGAAGAGGCCAUGAGAAGGGGUGUUGUGAACAGAGUAGAGGGAGUCAUCAAGGAUUUGUGGCCUACAGCUCAGGUGGAGCUAUUCGGCAGCUUCAGCACUGGACUCUAUCUUCCUACAAGUGACAUUGACCUGGUGGUGUUUGGAAAAUGGGAGCAUCCCCCCCUGCAGGAGCUUGAACAAGCCCUGAAAAAACACAAUGUGGCUGGCCCAUAUCCUAUUAAAGUGCUUGACAAAGCAACAGUGCCAAUCAUCAAGCUCACAGACCAUGAAACCAAGGUGAAAGUGGACAUUAGCUUUAAUGUGGAAACGGCAGUCAAAGCAGCACAGUUCAUCAAGAGUUACCUUAAGAAGUACACUGUUCUUCCACCCCUGAUCUUCGUUCUGAAGCAGUUUCUCUUGCAAAGGGAUCUAAAUGAAGUCUUUACUGGAGGCAUCAGCUCAUAUAGCCUUAUACUAAUGGCCAUCAGUUUCCUGCAGUUACACCCUCGGAUUGACACACGGCGUGCCAACAUUAACCUGGGCAUCCUGCUAAUCGAGUUCUUUGAGUUAUAUGGCCGCCAUUUCAACUACAUGAAGACGGGCAUCCAGGUGAAGAAUGGCGGAGCUUACCUGUCCAAGGAGGAGAUGUUCGAAGCCAUGGGGAAUGCACACAGGUCGUCAAUGCUCUGCAUUGAAGAUCCAGUACAGCCAGGGAACGAUGUGGGCAGGAGUUCAUACGGAGUGCUGCAAGUCAAGCAGGUCUUUGAUUUUGCAUAUAUGGUGUUGAGCCACGGUGUGUCUCCUCUCACACAUGCAUACCCCAACAAAGAAUAUGAAAGCACUUUAGGACGAAUCAUCAGAGUCAGUCCUGAGGUGCUGGCUUACAGGGAAUGGACUGUCCAGAAGUGGGGAGCCAAGCAGUACACCAAGCUAGAAAAUCAUGAUGUAGAGACCUGUGAGCAGGAUCUUGCCAGACUGAUGCUGGUUGAGGAUCAAAGGGACACCUCCUCACCUCUCAGUGCUGACUCCCAGUCACCUUCUCCAGUUUUUCUCCCCAGCCCUCAACACCAUUCAUCAUCCUCCUCCUCCUCUGCAUGCUCACUCUCCUCUUCCUCAUCUGGAAGUGAUAUAGAGUCGGAUUCUCCACUAAGCAGCAAUACUGCUAUCCAGCUCCUCAGCCUGAGCUCAGUUCAGUCUGUGAUCCAGAUGGCUGCUGACCUGAAGGCUGCACAAUCAACUGGCUUUAUCCACACAACACAUCAGGUUCAGAUGUCUCUCCCAGAAAAUGUCGCCCUUCAUUCUAUCUCUGAUUGCCAGUUCUACCACGAGAACCCUCCUUCCAUCAGUGUUGUGCUCCGUCACGCAACGCAAGCCGCACAAGUCUCCUAUCGCACUAACCCCACAAGCCCUCUCCCCAGUCCUCUCCACUAUCCUCAGGUAGGAGGACAGCAGAGCCACACUUACGCCAUGAGGUCCAAUUCCCAUGGCUCCUUUGAGGCGCACAAAUUUGGCUUCAAGCACAACCAAGCUGGCAGUCUCCAAGGCCAAAGUCACGCUCAAUGUAGCUUCAGUCCGCAGCAUAGAUUUGUUCCCCAGGGUCAUAACACGGGAUUAAGUUUCAGAAACCAGCACCAGUACAACCAAACCAGCUGGCGGCGCAGAAAGAAGGACAGUGUUCCUGCGCUCAACUAGAGCCAAUGAAGGAACCCAGACCAUCGAAAGUUUUUGGAAAGGCAUCUACACUGGGCGAGAAUUAACUGGUCUGUUCCAGUUUUCUGUCACGGCUUACUGGAAAUCCUGAAAAAGCUUCUUAACUGUGCUCAUCAUACUGGAUGCACACCAGCACGUCUGUGAUUUUGUUGAUGAAUUAAUGAUUGCGGUCAUCUCCUAGUCGGCUGAGGAGCUGUUUAUGCCUCCAUGCAGCUUAAACGUCAUGUGCCAUAUCACAGAACUGAUUUAUCAAGCCUGAGUUCUCUUGAAGUUUUGACUUUCUGGGCCUUUCUCAUCAUGUUUUAGGCUCAUUCUCCUGAAUGCAACUUCCUAACGGCUCAAGUCUUAAUUCAGAGCUCUUAAAGUUUGGAAUAUCUUCUAUAUAUUGUACUCUGGACAUUUCCUUUCUACCUAUGCAGGGCAAAGCUGACAAGAUUUUGAGGAUGUGAUGGCACAAAAGUUGCAUUUUCUUGAGUGCUUAAACUCAUAACUGUGAUGACUGGCUUGAAUGUACCAAGGUUCUUCUCUUUUUGUGUGUUUGAAGACUUUUAUUUUCUUUUGCUUUUCUUUUUUUCUGUUUUGGUCUGAUUGGUAUUAUCAUUUUUUAAAUUAUUAGUCUGUAUUGUAAACAUUGCAACCUUAGUCUUACUUGUGCAUUUAUGUGCAAUAAUUGCUUUUAUUUAUUUGACAUUUUAGUUCAAUUUUAAGCUUUUUUUGUUUUGUUUUUUUAUCUUUAUUUUUUUUAUUAUUUCUAGACUAUUUUGAACAGUGCAAUAGAUGAAUUGAAGGGCCAAGGCAAAAUGUUUGUGAAAGUGUGUGUUGAGUGUGUGUAUGUGUGUGUGUGUUUGUGUCAGUAUGGCUUUCCAGCAGAAGGGGGAGCUGUGGUAUAACAUUAGAAAUGCCAACAUUUUACUUGUUUCAGUUCCCAUUGUAUUGUGAUCACUUGAAACUUUUUCAGCUGCCUACCUGAAUACUUUUCUACCACUAGUUUCCGUUUCAAACAUAUCACUCCCUAUCCAGGGUCAUACUUAGAUGCAUUGCCUCUGUAUUGGGGGGGGUGCACUUUUUCCCAUGUUUACAUGUGUCAUGUGAAAUUUAAAAAAUGGUUGGUGCUACUUAUUACCAGCAAAGUGCUUAAUUUCUGCCUUAUAUAUGCUUUGAUUCUGUUAAAGCAAGAAGCCAACUGCCUUCUUAACUGACCAAAUCUACCUUCCCUCCCUCCCUCCUAACACCCCCCCCCCCCUGUAUGUAGCUUGAGCUUUCUGUAUUUGAAGCACUGCCAGGGUUACAUGGCUUUCAUUUUUACAUGCUGUCUCUAGAUGUUGGCUCCAGGAGCAGAUUCCUACUGUAGGCAGUGAUUGUUAGCAUUGCUAUCAUGUCUAAUCCUUUUUGUUUGUUUGUUUUUUAAUUCAUUGAAUAAUUCAGUUGUUACAGAUAAUUUAUAUUUAAAAUGUUUUCCUAUUCUAGGAGCAUAUCUAAGACCAGGUUUGAAGGCUACAUAGUUUACAAAGCCUAACACAGAAGCACUUGAGCUUGAAACACCUUAGAUUUUUUUAUUAUUAUUAUUAAGUUUUGGAGCAGCCAGAACAAAAUGUUUGAAGACUCAAAGUCUAAUUAUGACUCCCUGUGUACCAAACUCUGCAUAAUGUUAUCAUUCCUUUUUGCUUUCUGUGAAGCUUUUCAGCAAUCUGUCUAGAGGAUAAUCAGUGUUAUUGCCAUGUUGCACCACAUCAGAUCCCCGGCUCACCUGUAGCGAAGGAUCGGUUGCAAUCUGCAAACAAUUGAUGUUGAGAUGUAUUUCUUGUUUUUUAUGUAAGUUUUCUAUUUUUUUAAUAAACAUUUUAAAAUUCA